UUCAGUCUUUGGGGCUUUUAAAAAAGAGCCACUAGUCUCAAUGCUGGACGGGCUAUGACAGCUUCAGUGCUCCUACAUCCACGCUGGGUCGAGCCGGUGAUGUUCCUUUACGACAACAGCUUGGAUGAGAUUAAUAAAAAUAUGGAAGGUUUUCCAGGGAGCAACUUUGCAGCGAACCAGUGCAGGAAUCUGAUGGGACAUCCAGCAUCCCUGGCCCCCAGCAGUGCUUACCCCUCCAGUGAGGUGCCAGUGUCCGGGAUUGCAGAGCCUGGCAAGCAGUGUAGCCCUUGCUCCGCGGUGCAGAGUUCCUCCAGUGCCAGUCUGCCCUAUGGCUACUUUGGCAGCGGAUAUUACCCCUGUAGGAUGACACACCACAACACCAUCAAGUCUUGCGCCCAGCCUUCCUCCUACUCAGACAAGUACAUGGACACCUCAGGCUCUGCAGGAGAAGAUUUCCCCUCCAGAGCAAAGGAAUUUGCCUUCUACCAGGGAUAUCCCACAGGACCUUACCAGCCAGUGCCAGGCUAUUUAGAUAUGCCUGUGGUUUCCACCAUUGGAGCUCCAGGAGAGCCGAGGCAUGAGCCCUUGCUGUCCGUGGAGAGUUACCAGCCUUGGGCCAUACCUAAUGGUUGGAAUGGACAGGUCUAUUGCUCCAAGGAUCAAGCGCAGCCAACUCACCUCUGGAAAUCAACUCUGCCUGACGUGGUGUCCCAUCCCUCAGAUGCCAAUUCCUAUAGGAGAGGGAGAAAAAAACGUGUACCUUACACCAAGGUCCAACUUAAAGAACUGGAAAGGGAAUAUGCAACAAAUAAAUUCAUCACAAAGGACAAAAGGAGACGGAUAUCAGCAACCACCAAUCUAUCAGAGAGGCAAGUCACUAUCUGGUUCCAAAACAGGAGGGUGAAGGAGAAAAAAGUUAUCAAUAAACUGAAAACCACAAGCUAAUGCUCGGAUUGCAUAAAUUUCAUCAGUUUCAAUUUGGAACUUAUCCAUUCUGUCCAGGCAAAAAGGUCAUAUUGGGGACCUAACAAUGUGUUUGACAGAACCACAUAUAUUUUUUUUUUGGGUGGGGUAGGUUGGGAGGGACAGGGAAACCUAUUGCAAUGAAAUUAUUGGGAAAGGCCAAGAUUCACAGCUUGAAGGAAGAUUAGAAAGCUUUGAGCACAAACGGAUUUACUAUAAGACGUCCAAUAUUAAAAAGAGAAUUUUGGUGUAGAACAUGAAUUGUGACUUUAAAAGAGACAAAUAAGAUUGUAAUGGAGAAGCGAUUAAAAUCCAGAAUAACAGUCUAAUUAUUGCGCUUUGAACCAGACUGCAUGUUGAGUGACUGCUCAGGUAAAUUACAGAUGUAACUGUACUGUAUGCUUGCCAGAUACGUUCUCAUAUUAUAGAAAUGUAUUGUCUGAUCUUUAAAGAUUUGUACAGCUCUUGUAUUUUUGUUUGGGGGGGGGGGGGUGUAGGGUGGGCUAGGGGGAUGAUGGAUAUUUUAAAUAAUACUAAAAACCAGGGAAACUGCAUGUAAAGUAUGUUAAGGCAUUACCCUAACAUUGUUCAUACAUGCUAUUAUUAGAGGUUACAAAAAUUAGAAUGCAAUUAUUGCAUUAAUUAAUAGGAAUUUAAACCUCAAGUAUAGAGUUAUUAUUCUGUAUAAAAAUAACAACAAUCAAAGAAAAGGAGAAAAAAAAACAAGAUUUGUGUACACAUUAAUACAAAUACAAUUUUUUUUUUUCUUGAUACUCAAAAUGGAUAUACAACCAAAUAUAAUUGUGCAUAAAACGGAUAAAAAUGAAGGUACCUUGAUUAUUUAGGCUUUUGUAAAUUAACCUUUAUUUUCUUUGUAUAAUAUUUUAAUGGGUAAGCCUUACAGAAUUGUAGCCAGUCAUUUCCAGCACUUUUAUUCUAAUCAAUUAUUGGCAACAACGUAAUAUUUUUUUUGUCUUUACUCACUCUUAAAUGUUAUCAUGUAAAUAAAAAAAAUUAGCGCACUGUGAA